CCUCUUUCCUUUGGGAGGAGUCAGAGAGGCUGUUUACAUCAAUUUAAAUUCACACAGAGGCUUAACAUUAGUUUAUAAGCAGGAAAAGAUCACUGCAACACUCGCCGACCCUGAGGCGCAGACCUGCGAGAUGCACUGCUAUGGGGAUUUGGUUAACUGUCUCAGCUGUGGGAUGAUCCUGGCAGGACUGGGGUACUUGGUCCAACACAGGAAGACGCAGUCCUCCUAUGGGCGCCACAUGAGACUCUCUCCUCCUGUUCAGACGGUCCCAGCCAGACUAGCCUGGUUCUUUCAGGAGAUGCCAGCUCUCGUGAUUCCCCUACUUUUAAUGCUCACCUCCCACAAACCCUCCAGUAUGGGGAAGUACCUGCUGCUUGGGACCUUCUGCAUGCACUACUUUCAAAGGACAUUUGUCUAUUCACUACUGACAAGAGGGAAGCCUUUCCCACUGGGUGUGAUGGUGGCAGCAGGUUUCUUCUGCUCUCUGAAUGGCUUCCUGCAGGGCCACUACCUGCUGCACUGUGCCCAGUUUGAUGAUGAAUGGUCAGCUGACUAUCGCUAUAUAACUGGUUUACUGCUGUUUUUUGUCGGAAUGGCCAUCAAUAUACAUAGUGACUAUAUUCUACGUAGCUUGAGGAAACAAGGGGAAGUAGUUUACAAGAUCCCUAAAGGAGGUCUGUUUGAAUAUGUGUCUGCUGCCAACUACUUAGGGGAGAUAGUGGAGUGGUUUGGCUAUGCUGUAGCCACCUGGUCCUUUCCAGCACUCGCGUUUGCUGUGUAUAGCCUGUGUUUUAUUGGACCAAGAGCCUAUUACCAUCACAGGUUCUACCGGGAGAAAUUCAAAGACUAUCCCAAGCUGCGGAAGGCUUUGAUUCCAUUCAUCUUCUGAGAGGAAAAACACCUGGCUGUCAUCUUCUAAGGGCAGACAAUGAACCAGCAGCGGAAGACAAGCACAGGAAUGUGCACUCAUAUUACUGUGUUUCUAAACAACAUUCAUUUUACUGCACAAGAGUCUGUU